AUGGCAGAAAUCAUAGCUGCGGUGGGGCUCGCGUCGAGCAUUUUGGGCAUCAUUCAACUAACCGGGACGGUUAUAACCCAAGGCAGCAUCUAUAUGGGGGAUGUAAAAAGUGCGCCCAAGGAGUUUCGACAGCUCCUCCAAGAGCUAGUAACCUUAAACGGUAUAUUGUCAGCUCUAAAAACACAGUUCGACAGCUUCCAAGCAACAAAUAACUACCCCCAGUUACUGGCGUUAGAACUUCUCGAUAAACCUGAAGGGCCCCUUGAGUCUUGUAAAGACAUCGUGAAUCUCGUGAGAGAGAUAAUCGAAAGUCUUAAUGGCCGUCUUAGUAGAUGUUUCCUAGGCCCUUUAAGGGCUAGGAAUAUCCAACAAUGCCUCGCGCGACUUGAGAGGCUGAAGUCGGUGCUUCAGCUAGCGCUAUAUGCGGAUCAAAUGACACUUUCAAAUGAGGUGGAAACAUACAUUAGGAUUAUACAUAAGGAAUUAAACGAAAAACAACAGAUCACUGACAGCCGUCUCAAAGACAUUAACCGCGCAGUUGAGAAACUCUUGAGUGGGUUAAAGCAGCUAGAGUUAGACAAUGGAAUCGUUACAAAAGGCAAAAAACGAGAAGAAAUUCUACGCUUUUUAUCAAAAGUCAAUCCGGCUUCCAACCAUCACACCGCUUGUGAGCUUCACCGACCUGGAACAGGUAAAUGGUUUAUCGACGGAGAGGAUCUUAAAAGAUGGCAAGAUACACCAGGAUCAUUCCUAUGGUUACAUGGAAUUCUUGGAUCAGGGAAAACAAUAUUAACAUCUGCUGUAAUCGAACAUACCAUUUCACGUCACGCUUGCUCCCUAGAUACGGCAGUCAUUUAUUUCUACUUUGAUUUCAAAGAUUCAGAAAAACAAACCACCAUCGGAAUGCUCGGCUCAUUAAUCUACCAGCUAUUGGAGAAACUCCCCGAAAUUCCACAAGAGGUCGAAUCAUUUUAUAAAAUACAUCAACCGGAUAGGCAUAGAAUAGAAAACGAAUCAUCUCGCAGUGAUAUAGACAAGUUAUGGUCUCUCUUCACGAUUAUAGUAUCGAGGUAUUUCAAGAGGCUUUUUGUCAUUUUGGAUGCGUUGGACGAAUGCCUUGGAAGAUCUACCCUAUUAUCGACUCUAGACGACAUGAUUAGAUACAAAAAUCCCCUGUGCCCUUGUAGUCUCUUGUUCACAAGCCGCAAGGAGUACGAAAUAGAGGAGAUGUUCUUAAGACACUCAGUUCCCACUGUUUGCAUCGGAAGUGAUGACGUUGCUGGGGAUGUCAAGUUUUUUGUUACGAAGAGCAUCGAGGAAGAUCAUAAAUUGAGAAAUCUUAAACCAGAUCUAAGGGAUCAUAUCAUUUCUACUCUUUCCCAGCAGGCAAAAGGAAUGUUUCGUUUAGCUAAACACCAACUUGACAUAAUUCGGGAACUUAGAAGACCGAAGAUUAUUCUAGAGGCUUUGAAGUCUCUUCCCCAAGACCUCGAUGAGACAUACGAGCGCAUUUUACUCGGCAUUAAAAGCGAAGAUGAUAUACAGUUAAUGCGCCGAGUCCUGAAACUAAUCAUCUUUGCUGUUCGCCCGAUGACUAUAGAAGAAGUAGCCGAAGCUGCGGUUAUCGUAGAAGGAAUAGAAUCUCUAGACGAGGACGCGAGAUUAAACGAUCCCAAUAGCUUGCUCACGAUAUGUGGGGGCAUAUUGAGUCUUACCGGUCGGCACAUCGGACUUUCCCACUACUCUGUCCAGCAAUAUCUUACGUCUGAACGUACACGUCAAGGACGAGCUAGCCAUUUUUUUAUCGCGGAAGCGGAAGUGAAUAUUGAGAUAUCUAAAAUUUGUCUCACAUAUCUUGGUUUUCAAGACUUUGAUAUUCCGGUUGCGAAAGCCGAGAUUAGGAAUCGUUUUGAGCACUACCCAUUCUACUGCUACGCAGCUGAGAAUUGGUUUCGACAUGCAAAGGGAGAAGAGUCAAUAGACGAGUCUCUGACGAAGUUAGCCACGAAAGCGUUCGUCUCGUAUGAAACUCCAAAAUUCAAAUCAUGGCUUAGGGCAUACAUCCUGCAAGAAAUUCGGGUUUUUCCUAGAGGACAGUACAUUGUUCAAGAAUACGAUAUUUUGCGGUUCCUCCCAGACUUCGAAAUGCCGCCAGGGCCCAAGUGUGCGCCAGGCGCCGACUUCGUUCAUUGGCUUAGUUAUGGCGCCCAGAAACCGGUGCGGUUCAUCGAUCGAGAUAUAGAAUUCGAAGAAGUCUAUCAUGAGAUUGAGCCACCAAUGUCUGUGCCAUUCACGUUCCUAUACGGAAGGAGUUCACAUGUCGAAACAUCAGGAUAUUUACCUGCAGAGGUGCUCAAGAUGGUCUAG